CACGUGGGAGGGGGGGACCCGCGGGCCUUCCGGCGUCGGCCAGCGAGCGAGCGAGAGCGCGCGCUUCCCCCUCGCCCCUCUUCGGCGACCGUGGAGUUUUGCGGCCGGGCAGCGGACCCUCCGUCAGUGUCCCCGUUGGCUCGAAGCCGGGCUUGCUUGGCGAGGCGCGGCGGAUGGCGCAGCAGCGGCGCUCGGAGAACACCAGCGGCAACAGGUGGACGUGCGGGGUGGUGUCGGAAGGAGGUUGCCAGGCGGCCGAACCCUGGCCCCGCCGACCGCGGCCGGGCGGGCGACAGGGCAGCUAUCAGCGCCGGGCCAGUGGCGCCCGCCCUCUCCCGGCCUCCUCGCCAGUUCUUUGAACCCUGCCGGGAACCCGCUCAAGGUUGGAGACGGGUUUUGCCACUCGGGUGGUGGUCGGGCCGGGAGCGGGCCAGCCGGCGCUCUGGCGGACUGCGGCAUGGCGGGGCUCACGUGGAGCGACCAGGAGACCUACGAGCUGAUCCGCAUCUGGGCGGCGGAUCGGGAUCUCCUGGACGGCACGUCGCGCAACAACAAGGUCUACGAGAGCAUGGCAGCGCAGAUGCGCUCCCUGGGCUACCUGCGUACCGCACUCCAGGUCAAGGAGAAGAUGAAGCGCCUGCGCAAGGAGUACAAGUACGGCAAGCGGAGCAAGAAGAUCGCCACCUACCACGAUGCUCUGGCCACUGUACUAGCGCAGGGCGCCAAGGGCGCCCUCUUCAUCAAGAGCGAGGUGGACGAGAGCAUGGGCUCCGAGGAGUUCGCCGGCACCGACUCCGAGACCAACUACCUGGACGACGGCCCCGGCUGCUCGCAACUGGCGCCCUCGUCCGAGGGCAACGGCGAUGACCGGGCGGCCGCCGGCUUCUUUCGAGUGGCCCAGGUCGCCGCGGGAGGUGGCGGUGGUGGAACCGUGAGCGCCGGCGGCAGCCUGGACUACAGUCGCUCGCCGGGCAGCCCGCUCGAGUGCGCCGCACCGCCGCCGCCUCUCCGCUUUCCCGGGCAGCAAGCCUUCGCGGCGUCCGACAACUUCCCCACCAUCACCACCACCACCGCGGACCCGGACAACCGUCGGGCGUCGCUGAAGCGGAAGGCGUCCGUGCCCGAGGCCCUGGCGCCCUCCCCGCCGACCCUGGCGGCGUCCACCAUGACGGACCUGAUCACCCGGGGCAUCGACAAGUUUGUCGAGCUCGAGCACAAGCGGAUGAGGCUGGAGCUGGACCUCCUAGAGCGGCUGCGCCACGAGGAGAUGGAGCGGGUCGAGCGCAUGCGCAGGGAGGAGAUGGAGCACGAGCUCCGGCUCAUGACCGUCAUCGCGUCGCUCUUCAACAACAACAACUCGGCGAGCAGCGUGAACCUCAACAGCAGCUCUUCCACGUCCGCCGGAACGCAGCCGCCGUCGGGGGACACGUCGUGAUGGUGGGGGCUUUUCGUGGACCGUUUCCGCCGUCUCCCGGCGCUCUCCGCAGCCCGCUACGAGGUCCAGAGCUCGGCAAGUGGCGCGCAGUAGCGGCGUCUUCGUUGCGAGGUGCGUAGCGGAUGGGGGAAAGACAGUCCACGAAAACUCCCCGAUGACGUGCCCCACCGACGGCGGACUUGCAGGGGACACAGUGUGUCCAGUGUGCGUGGUGCACGCGGCGCGACCAGUGGAUAUACUCGCAGCGCGGGGCGCCUGACUCCGGCUGCCCCUGGCUUGUGUUCCGACGCCGAGGACGGGACGCAAGCGUCACACAUUCCAACGGCUACUCCGAAUCUUCUUCCCGAAAUUCCUGCGACUGUAGAACAGUGCUUUUAACCAUAGCUGCGCGUGUCUUGUAAGUUAUGUCGAAAGCCUACUUAUUGUGUUUUUUUUCUCCUCAUCGUUGUUUUUUUUUUUUUUUUUUUUUUUGUUCGCUCUCAGUUUCGUUUGAUCUGUUAGUGGAUGCUCUCAGGUGUGUUUUAUUUUCGAACUGUCCUAUUUUCCCCCUGUUGUCUUCCUGUAACUCAUCAGUGCAUGGCCGGACCAUUCAGAGAGCUACCUCGCCUCUUUUUAUUUUAUUUUUUCUAAUCGUUGUUUUUAAUCUUUUUGUUGUUCGUGUUGUUCGUGACCGUUUCUGCGGUCGGCUCAUUUCCUUAAACGUCGAUCAAAGUUGUACAUAUGUUUAUUUUUAUUUUUUUAAUAUCUGAGAAAGAAGAGAUGCCCAAAUACCAUAAGGGGCUAUACUGGCUGAUGAUCGCACGGGCGCUGUUAAACAUCCCGUCAAUGUCCUUUUCUUUUUUUUAAAGAUUAUCUCGCCAGCAGUGCCUUCUUUACUCCCCUCCAGAGUUGACAGCUCGGUUGAAUCUACGUGCAUAGCUGGACCAUUCGCGGCGUUGCCCCUUGUAUCUCGUGACCCUGCUCUCCACGCUCACAAAAACGUGUAGACAGAGCGGUCGUGCGGGGAAAGAACUGCCGAGCGAUUCAGCUACACGUCGUCUGCUAUCAAUAGUUCGAACGUAACCGACGAUCCCGCUGGAGCCAAUCAAGCGGCGCCAGGAGUGCAUCGUCACUGCGCUCAUCGUUAGGGGGCGCAAGUUACCGCCCGGUGUAAAGGGCAGAACCGUUAGCAUCCAUCCAUCCAACCCUAAUCCUGCGCGUUUUUUUUUUCCUUUCUUUCUUUCUGUGGGUGAUUGAUUUAGCCGAUGAUAGCAUCCCUAGGCUUACCCACGAAGACAACGAGUGUCGUGACGAUGCAGUUUUGGCGCUGCUUGAUGGGGUCGGACUAAAAGUGAAACAUAGUAAAGCACGUAGCGUCCAUUGCAACGUUAGCUUAUCGAUGAUCAUAUAGAGUGGGCACAACUUGCCAGCCUUUGCGCGUUCACGAGCAGCUAUACAUUUACAUAUCGAAGACAUAUUACGUACGAUGCAGCGGGUGCUCCCUCUUUUGAUUAAAUGGCAAUAAAGAAGAAGAAAAAAGCGGGCUGCGGGAUUAUUCCCCCCGCCACCCGCGAAGAUGAGCAAUAAUUAAAAAAGAGGGUUGGGCUGUGGAAGCUCUAUUAUAUUUUUGAAAGUUUUCUAGAGAGAUUUCUUUUUUACCUCAUGAUGACCUUUCCAUUGUGUACCGCAGCGUGAGGGCGUCCUGCCCCACGUCACGGCAUUUACGCGAAUGGACCGCAAAACGCGAUCCAUGGAUUCAUUCUGGCAUCGUCCUCUGUCGCCAUCUGGCGGACGAAAGUGCAAACAAAGUGUGUGCUACGAGUGACUAUUUUUCUGGAAAUUAUACUUUCGUACACAAAAACAAAA